GCUACUGAAAGGCUGGGUAGUGAUGCGCCGCUGCAGGUGCGCCAUCAACCUGCAUGACCAGCCACAUGGAUUCAUGAACAACCACUCCUUCAGCCGUGCACUUGGUGCUCUUUCGACAUUUUUUCUCUUUCAUCACCCCAGGACGCAUUGACGCUGUCAGAUCUUAUUUCCGCCACCCAUUGCAGCUUCCCCAGACGUACGAUAUCACAGUCGUUCAUACUCGAUAGCCUCGGCUCAAGAAAGUAAACAAAAGCGACUGUCGAUCUGCUUCCUCAGACUCAGAAACAGCAACACAGCUACUGCAGGGCCAGAAGUACGAUUCGCAGGGCGCGCACUUCUCUUCGAUGAGCAUCCGGGUUCGCCCUUCGCCAUAAAACCCGGCGCAACCAUGUCCUACCAAUAUACUGUUACCGAGCGCAGGCGGAGGACGACCAACAGUGGUGGCUAUGGAUACUCCGGCAGCAGGUCAACCUUUGGCUACUGGGUGCCCCUUGCCCUCACGGUGACAGCUGCCACAAUCGGUCUUGCAGCUUGGGUAUGGAGCGAGCGGCGCGACGACGAGGAGGAUUCAAGUGAGGAUGAACAUUUCCAAGGUGGCAUGCCGCAUUCGAGUUAUGCAAGCAUGAGCGGGGCUUUACCUACUGGACCACCACCUCCUGGCGGAUUUCAAGAUCCUCCGGGCCCUGGACCUGAAGAGUUCCCGGAGGGCCCUAUGAUGCCUGGUCCCAAUCAACCUGGAGGCUUUCAAGGGCCACCUCCUCCGGGUGGGUUCCCUGGCCCAGGGACUGGCGGCUUUCGUGAAGGCGACACAGAUUUUCAAGCAUCUCGCUCCACAGCAGUAGAAGAGCAACAGGAAACUGGCUUGGUGGCCAGGAUGUCGAGUGCUCUAGGAAUUGGCAGAUCGAGUACUCCAUCUCAAGGAGGUACGAAUCAAUCUUAUGAUUGGGCGAACAAGCCUUUCGCUUCUGGCGUUGCAGCAGCCGGUGCAAUGGUUGGUGCUGCCAUCAGCUCGCUGAAAGGUGAGGGUGAGGGGUAUGAAGAUCAUGAAAGAUGGAGCGAAGAAGUCGAACAACGAGACAACGACAGAGAGGUCAAACAAGGUAUCCGAAGGCGAGGGACAGCCGACGAGUUUUUCUCAGGAGAUAUUGAAAUCCCUAAAUCUUCGUCACUUGCACGCCAAAAGAGGAAGACCGUGGCUGUCGUCGUUUCAGCAGUCGGCAUUGGGGCAGAUGGUCGGUCGGACUUUGGGGAUCACGCUUCAAUUCUUUCACAUCUACCGGAAUAUGUUGAUCUUGACUCGACAAGAGUGUUUGUUUUGAUCUAUGCACCUGACUUGAAAUCAUACCCGAUGACACCUAGAAGGCCUUCACAAUCCAUGACAUCCUCAUUCUCGAAUAUCAGCCAGGCAGACGCUCAUACACCGGCUCAAACUCCGGGAGGAUUUCCCUCUGGCGGAGACGACGGCAUUCUGGCGCAAGUCGAUCCAAAGCCAGUUGAGGAAUCUAUAUCCUACAAAGUCCUCCACGACCAAGCCGUGGCAUUGGUGGACAGAGAAACCAUGAUUCUGCCCUUUACCUCUUCGAGAGGCCACAAACACAUUCUUCGCAGCCUUGCUCCGGAAUUAGUAUACAUCCAAGAAUCUCUCUGUGGACCAGAUGGUGAUCUAGUAUCUGAUUUAUCAGGCUGGGUUCGUCAGACGGUCGUUGUCAUUGGAGAUGAGGGUGGUCACGGUGGUCUGGUCGAUACGGACGACGAAUCAGUCACCCAUAAGUCAGAGACGUGGUGGCAAAAAGAGGAGCGCACUGGUCUCGGAAAACGUGUCGCAGUUGUUGAAAGCUUGAAGAUUGGAGAAGACUGGGAAAGGCGUGUUAAUGACCGAGAUUAGUGGUGCUUUGGAAGCACGCUUUGAUGUCUCUUCAGCGACGGCUGGCUUUGUUGAUGACAGCCAGCUUGAGGCCUUUAUAAUGUCGACCAUGGUCAAUUGUAUGUAUAGCGAUUCAUGUACUAGUGACACCAGAUUGCACCACAUUCUCGUAAUCGAGGCACUCCUUCACAAUCAUAGCCUGUCAAAAGCACUGUGCUUGCUGGGUUAACACAUCGAGGGCUCGUCUCCUGACGUCAAGAUACAUUCUAGAAACCUUUGCGCAUGACAUACCCAGGUGAAUAUUGACUACGUCCAGGGAAUUUUGUUCGCAUUUUGUGAA